CCAGCACCACGUCAAGACCACAGCCAAAAUGGCACGGCCCUCCUCUGUCCGGACCAUGACCUCGCACACAUUGACCCUCCUCGCUGUGUUGCUCCUGACUGCGUUGGUUGGGACAUGCACUGGCGAAGCCGUGUUGGAGGAGGACGAUUUUGGUCGCCUCAUCAUCAACACCACGGACCCUUCCCAGCCUGUGCUGGUGAAUGGCGUGGAUGUGCAAGAACUUCAACACACGGUGGCGUCCCUCGUCAAUGUGGCUCGUGGCAGUUCCUCCUCCAUACACCCGUGCUCGAUUGGACUGGACACCGCCGCAUUUCUUGGUCACAAGUGCGAGACGCGACUCGUUGGCGGCGAUGCACGCCCAUGGACGCUGGCAGCUCGCUUCUCCAACGAUGGCGUGGAUACGUGGACGUGGAGCAAUUACAUUUUGUGGUCUAACAACGAACUGGUGGGGACAGCGCAAGGCAGCGGCGACUUCAAGGGUACGGCCUGGUUCGGUCAGACAACAGACUUGCUCUUCGUGUCGGACAUUGGCGAGUGGAUUGCAUACGAGGACGCGCUCGCCCAGCAGUCCCUUUCGUCGCUGUUUGCGAGCGUUCCAGUACCCUGCUCCUCAGGCUGUCCGUCGUUUGCUGCGACACAACAGAACAUUACAAGCAAUCCCGAUCGGUGUGAUACCAAGGUGUACCUGAAUCCUCGCGACCAUGACCCGAACGGGCAGUCACCUACAUGUGGUUUCGGCUGGAGCUUCCGCUACAAUCAGGCGUGUCCACUUGAUGAUGUUGGACACAGCGGCUCCCUUGGGCCCGACAGCUAUUUCGCGACUGAAGAACAACGAGUUCUCGGUUUUCUUGGACGGGAUUCUGAUGCGACAUUUGUGGAGCUGUACGUGCGUUGACUUGCCCUCAGUUCUCCGGUUGCUGCAAUUUGCACGGU